UUCUGUCAUUGGUUAAUAUUUUAUUCUGUUGACAUGUUUUCUUACUGCUAAUGCUUCCGACACCUUCUUGUCCACCCCCUCUUCUCGAGCCUGGCCGGAGCUGUCAAAACCACGCCUAUAGAGGCCCACAAUUGGUCCAGGAAGCGUAAAAUCAGCAAUCAAGGGGGCUUGGUUCAUUAGUGCUGAGAUCGGAGCAGGAAGGACAUGUGAGAUACUCACAGUUCUACAGUGGACAGAGUAAGACCUAACCAUUUCAACUCCGCGUCUGGCUGGAAUGAUCGCGCUUGGAUGGACAUCCGCAUCGAAAGAGUAAUCUUAUUUUUCUGAAAGCGACUGUUGGAGAACAGCGGAGCACAAACCUUCAUCCAAAGUGUGGUUGCGCUCACUUGGACUGAUAUUAUUGCAGGACUUCGUGGAAUCAUUCGCUCCGGGAGUUAAAGUGGUAGUUUCCCACCAAGCUUGCCUUUUGCUCUCCGCGAUACCUCCAGCGACCGUGUUGAGAUCAUUCUUUGCAGUGGUUUAUUUUUUCUGAGGUUAUUCCGUAUAUCCACUGGUUCAAAAGUAGAUUUCUCUGGAUACGCGCGGGUUUUGUGGAACCUAAAUACCAAGCUCUAUCAAAAUUUCACUUCGAUUUUUGGAUGCACCGAUGAGAGAUCCAGUUUUCACAGGGACUGCCAUGGCUUAUCACCCCUUCCACGCUCAUCGGGCAACUGACUUCCCCAUGUCAGCUUUCCUAGCGGCUGCUCAACCCUCAUUCUUCCCCGCGCUGACGCUGCCUCCCGGGGCUCUCACCAAGCCCAUUCCGGAUCAUACCCUUGCCGGAGCCGCGGAGGCAGGUCUUCAUCCGGCUCUGAGUCACCACCACCAGGCAGCUCAUCUGCGUAGCCUGAAGAGCCUGGAGCCGGAGGAAGAAGUCGAGGACGACCCAAAAGUGACAUUGGAGGCCAAGGAUCUGUGGGACCAGUUCCAUAAACUAGGAACCGAAAUGGUUAUUACGAAAUCUGGCAGGAGGAUGUUCCCACCUUUUAAAGUCCGAAUAAAUGGUCUUGAUAAAAAGGCCAAAUAUAUAUUACUAAUGGAUAUAGUCGCUGCCGACGACUGCCGCUACAAAUUCCAUAAUUCUCGCUGGAUGGUUGCGGGAAAGGCCGACCCGGAGAUGCCCAAGCGAAUGUACAUCCACCCGGACAGUCCAGCCACCGGAGAGCAGUGGAUGGCCAAGCCUGUUGCUUUUCAUAAACUCAAGCUGACCAACAAUAUAUCGGACAAGCAUGGAUUUGUAAGUAAUAGCUUACUAUCCGCUACUAUUUUGAAUUCAAUGCAUAAAUACCAGCCAAGGUUUCAUAUUGUGAGAGCCAACGACAUUCUGAAGCUGCCCUACAGUACUUUCAGGACAUACGUGUUCCCCGAAACAGAAUUCAUUGCUGUCACUGCCUAUCAGAAUGACAAGAUCACACAACUGAAGAUUGAUAAUAAUCCUUUUGCUAAAGGAUUUAGAGACACGGGAAAUGGAAGAAGAGAAAAGAGAAAACAGUUGACGCUUCCAUCACUACGUAUAUAUGAGGAUCAAUGCAAAGCAGACCGAGAUGGCGGUGAUUCCGAUGCGUCCUCCAGUGAGCCUACCGGAGGCAGAGACGGUGGUCAUUCCCCAAUCAGACCGGCGUCUAGUCCCUUGAGGUUCAGCCGAAGCAGUCGGGAUGAUAAAACUUGCUCUGACAGUGAGCAGGAACUUGACCAACCUGAUGAGCGUGGUGCACCAUCAACCAGCCCUGGACCUGAGCCCCGAUCGCCAUUUAGUCCGAGAUGUGAUGACCGGGUCAAAGACAGGCCCAGUGCGGAGAAGAAAGACGAUUAUCAAGACAGCAAAAAACCAAGCGAUUCGAUCUUCAGUAUCCGAAACUUGGAGAAAGACAAGACUGAGAACAGACACAGGAAGGAAACAGACACUUCUAAAAAAGACGUGGAUAAUGCCGGCUUGAGCGGGAAAGAGGGCUUUUCCCCGUUGAUGGUUCAGACGGAGAGCCCCUCUCACUUUGGCGCCAGCCAUUUACAAAGCCUAGCCCUUUCAGGCCUUCAUAGUCAACAGUUCUUUAACCCACUGAACACCGGACAACCUUUACUUUUCCACCCCGGACAGUUUGCUAUGGCCCCUGGCGCUUUUUCAGCCAUGGGCAUGGGGCAUCUAUUGGCCUCGGUUUCCGGAGCAAGUGGCUUGGAAAACGGAAGUCUUUCAGGCCAAAGCACUGGGAAUACGCCGAGCACCUUUUCACCAUUUCACCUGUCGCAACACAUGCUCGCCUCUCAGGGUAUUCCGAUGCCAACCUUUGGGGGCCUCUUCCCAUACCCGUACACAUACAUGGCUGCAGCGGCGGCUGCGGCCUCUGCUCUCCCCACGAGCAGCACGGCCUCCUCACUCUCGAGGAAUCCCUUCCUUACCAGCGCCUCCCGGCCUCGCCUGCGAUUCAGCCCUUAUCAGCUCCCUGUGUCCAUUCCUCAGAGCACAAACCUGCUGACCACCGGAUUGUCCAGUGGCCUGAACCCAUCGUCCGAAUCGUCUAAAUCCGGCAGCAGGGAAGCUAGCCCUGCACCUGAGCAUAACCACAAAGCUGCAGCUAGUCAGAGGAACGGAUCGCCCAAAUCAUCCAUGAAGGAAUCUAUCAAUGAACUCCAGAAUAUUCAGAGACUGGUCAGUGGCCUGGAAAGUCAGAGGGAGGCAUCUCCGACUCGGGAUUCUCCCAAGUGACCUGCGAGAUACCUGCAACUUUCCAUUACAUCACCUGACAUUAUUGGGGAGGUUAGAGAUGGUUAUUUCUAGGUGAACAUGCCCCUACCUAUAAGGACGGAUUGACGGAAAACAUUUUCUGUGCCCAUAAAAUAAAGUAAAAAAAUCACAUUACAGUCAUAUGUAGGCCUACAACCAAAAGAAUAUAUCAGUCCAGAAUAGGAGAAAACUUGAUGUUCUAGUGGUGAAAACUUGACCAGGUUUAGGGAAUGCUGCGAAGACAAUCUACAACUAAUAAUAUAUUUCAUGUAGAGCAUGUUGAUAAGGCCUCGGCAUCAUUCGAAGGAGGUCGACAAUUUACGAGGAGGUGGACAGAGUACAAGUCACUAGUACUUGUGGAGAAAGAUAUGCUUUCGUUUGUGUAAGAGCAUGUCGGCGAUGUCUACUGGACCUCAAAUUAUUGCUUUUGGCAGAGGAGUAGCGGUUCAACAUCAAGAAGGACCAUGGACUCAAAACAAAACAAGCUAUGUCCAAAUAAUGAAAUAUAUUUCAAAAGGGAUGGGAAGGACACUGCAAGACAAGAAAAUUAGUUUCACCCGUUUUCAAUAUACUAGCUGACGGACAAUUGUAUCUUAACUAGGCUAUUUAUGUAAUUAAAAAUAAUUCUGUACAUAAGCUAUAAGGAUCCACGAAUAUGCAAAUUGGUAUUAAUUUAUUCAAAGCUGUACAUUGGCGUGUAUAUAAUAUUUAGAAUUUUACUCGUUACAUUUUUUUUUUUCAUUUUACAUUGAACGUAUAUGUAAAUGAAAGCUAUUUAGCGCUUGUUGGUUUGAAACAGAAACAAUGUUUCUAUCUGUGACUCGUUGCUGUUUAAUCUGCCUGUGACACGUGAAGGAAAACGUGUGCCAUCAUUGCAUAGUAGCAAUUGCUGAAAUAAAAAAAAAACUGAAACACACUUAUCACUGGGGAAUGAGUUCCCCAACUUUGAUACCGGAUUGUUGUUAAGGUAGAAAACCUCAGGUUCAUUCACUCCAACACAGAGGAGACUAUUACAUUCCUCUUCAAGAACUGGGUAUAUACGCAUAUAUCCCCUUCGCUGAUUGUCCGGGAAUUUUUUUUUAUUCUCUCACAAUUUCAAUAAAAAAAAACAAUGUGUUGAAA